UUGUUCUUUGCAUUCAAAUUAACGUCGCGUCGCGUGCAAGCGCAGUCGCGCGAUCCUUAACGUCGCAUCCAAGUCAAUUGAUGCGACGAAACUGAUUAGUUUGAUCCACAGUUGUACAACUGUUUUUUGUUUGUACAACAAUUAUGGAUACUUAAUUAUAUAAGAAGUGUGUUUACCGAUCCAGUGAAAUUGCGAUCAGACACGCGAUCGGCACGCGAAUGAAACUUUCGUGUUCUCUAACGCAAUAGAGGGGUCAGGGUCAGAUAAUUGUGGUGCGACAGGUAUAAUAACUGAUAAGUGUGCGCCCUUAUCUGACAUUAAAAUUAAAUUCACUACUUUCUGCACCGCAGUCGGUGCGAAAAAAAAUGUAGUGUGGAUGCAACCGUAAAAUGCAUCGGAUCCGGAAACGUUGCGCAUUAUCGUAUUCGAUCCGUCGAGCUGAUUCGUGAAACCGAUCGGAUCGAUCGUGCCGUCGGUGAUCGUCGAUUUGCGCUGAGCAGUCGCCCGACGAAGGAUGUUUUGCAAGCCCGAUCUCUGUUCAAUCUUAGGUCUGAUUGCCCUCGCAUGGGCGACGUCCGAUCUCCCGUCGGGUCAACUUAUCAGGCCGGUUUACGUGUAUCAGGGUCUGAUCAAAGGUAUCCACGACUAUUUCAAUAACACGUGCGUCAUAUUUCUGCACAACAAUCGGAAUCCUGUUGAGACGCAGGGACUCGAGGAAAACGAACGCAUGCUGCUUCUUCAGAAAUACCUGAGCAUGACUUAUCACAUACGCACCACUUUUAUGGAUUUUCAUAUGUUUAACACACGAAUCGGCCAAAGUUAUCAUCACAUCAAGAGACCUUUGUUCGUCCUGCUGAACGAUUACGAAAAUACAAGGGACGGCUUUGCAAAUCAGAUCUCAACGUGGAUCGCGAUGGCUUAUCCUACCUGGCUGGUGUUCUUCGGUAACGAGACCACAUUCGCAGACUUUUUCCUUGAGAUUUACGUACCAUUUGAUUGUAAAUUCAUGGUGGCUCAGAGCAGCGCCAAUGUAACCGGCGGAGAGAUCAUCACGGAAGUUUAUCAAAUUGACAGAGGGAAAGAACUGAGAUCGAUGCGGUUUGGUGUAUGGGACGUAAAGAAUGGUCUGAAGGGCCCUAAGCACGGCCUAUUUUUAAGAAGGAACAAUCUUUUCGGCCAGAAUAUACGCGUUACGUCGGUCCACGACCCUCCUAUCAGUCUACUUCGCCGUAAUAAACAGCAGGAGAUAAUAGGAAUAAGUGGUUUUUUCGGGCAAGUGCUACGGCUAUUGCAGGAAACACUGAACUGCACAUUCACCUACAAGGAGGCCACAUCGUGGGGCAUGUGUCUACCCAGCGGCACGUGUACGGGUGCGAUUGGGAUGUUGAUGAACAACGACGUCGACUUCGCGGCGACGGAGUUCAUGAUGACCUCGGACAGAUUAGAUGCCAUCAGUUUUACACUGCCCAUUUACACGACCAAAUGUCGUGCUUACAUUAAAAGGCCUUCUUCGACUGACAUAAAAUGGAACGCUUACACGGCGCCAUUCUCCGCGACCAUCUGGGGCGUCAUCGCGUUUUUCGUCAUACUUAUGAGCGGAUCGAUCGUGCUUGUUCAGAGAUUAUUUGCAUUCACGUCUCCGUAUCGAAAUAACAACCGUACGAGAUUUACAGAAAUCUUAUUUUUCGUCGUGGGAGCGUGUUGCGGCCAAGGUAUGAAACAAUCGACGCUGGAUCCCGUGCGAAUGGUGCAUUUCGUAAUCCACUCAUCGGCCCUCGUGAUAGUGGCCGCGUAUUCCGCUGCCCUGAUUAGUUUCCUAGCCGUUAAAACAUUUGUCAUGCCCUUCACGACAAUGGACGGCCUUCUGAAAGAUGGGACCUAUCGUUUCGGUGUCGUCGGCAACUCGGCCGACUUUACGUUCUUCCAGAACACAUCGGACCAAAUAAUGAACGUACUGUUCGAUGAAUUAUUACUGAAAGAAGUUAAUUUGCCGAUUAAUUACUUGGACGGUCUGGAACGCGUCUGCAAGGAGGACAAAUACGCAUUUAUGACACUGGAUAAUAUGGCAGCGUUGCUGCAGCAGAAAGUCGAUUGCAAGUUGGAACCAUUGGACGUUAUCACGCAUACCACUAUAGCGAUGGCUCUGCGGCGAAAUAGCCAGUACCGUAGUAUCAUUGACGCAAACAUUCUUUUGCUGAGGGAUAGCGGGAUCCUGCAGCGUUUGUUAGAGACACAGUGGUCGGUCCAGCUAAACGCAAAAAGUACAAAAUCAACGUGGAAAUCGGUCGAGAUCGGCGACAUAAUUCCGCUGCUGCUCUUCAUAAUCGUCGCGGUGCUCGUCAGCUUUCUUGUCUGCGCUAUUGAGCGCGCUAUGUUCAACAGUUUUUCCCACCGAAUCAAGAUAAAAGUGAUUGAGCCUCGACAACUGCGGACGACGUUGCGUCGUUAGAGGAUGUUACAUU